GAAUGGGGGAAACCGAGGCUCUUCAAAAUGAAUUGAAUGAUGUUUUAAAAAAAUUUCCGAUGUUUGAAGGAAUAUUACAAGUAGUUGACAGAGUUGGAGUUGGCAAGAGCCCUUCGCCUACAGUAGCUAAUAUGGAAGAAAAGCAUGGGAUAAAACGUAAAUUCGUGGAUGAAGAAUAUUUUAAAAGUAUAAAAUACGUCGCUAUAAAAAAGAUAAUUCUUAAUUAUUCUAUCGGAAGAGUUGCUGAAGAAAUUUCAAUUUUACGUGAAUUAAGAGGAUACAAUAGUAUUAUUAAACUUUUGUCGGCUCAUAGAUAUGAAGACGAAGUGAUUCUUAUUACUCCACAUUUCGAACAUGAUAAAUUUCGGAAUUUUUAUCAAAAAAUGACAAUUGAAGAUAUCAAAUCGUAUUUUCGCUCGCUUUUUGAAGCACUAAGGGAUGCACAUUCUCAUAAUAUUGUUCAUAGAGAUGUGAAGCCGGGUAAUUUUCUUUAUAACAUGAAAGAAAAGAAGGGAAUCUUGGUAGACUUUGGCCUUGCAGAGAGGUUGAGUGCAACGAAUUCCUACCUCGAUAAGAUAUAUGAUGUUCCCAAUGUAGGAACAGUCCAAGUUAUUAACCGUUUUCCUUCGGUAGUUGGUCAAAUUUCGAUCGAGCCUUCCCAAUCCAACAAGCCAGCAGUAAAACGAGUUCAAACGCAAAAAAAUAUCCCAACAAAUUCAAUACCCAUAAAAUCCGAAAAGCCCAUUGAUUUAUUAGAAGAAAGUAAAAAUGAAAAAAAAUUCGAAAAUUGGCGAAAAAGUUUAAUGUAUAUCACAGGUUUAGGUUUAUCAGAAAAAGAAAAGGCUGAAUACAAAAUAGAAUUAGAAAGAAAAAUAAGUGAUUAUCAGCAUAAAAAGUGUGAAAAAUGGCGGGAUGACUUAAUGAAAACUCCCGGUGUAGCGGAAAAAGUGGUCAAUGAAGUUUUUGAAAGUUGCUUUAACGACACACGACCAUUUGAUGAAAUUUAUUAA